CCUCCCACUGAUGAUGGCCUGUCCCAAACACAAGACAAAAACAAAUCGCACAUACAAAGGGACGUAAAUACUAGCGUGUGCUGUGUUAGCGACGACUGAUCUGCUCAUCUUUCCACUGGCUGUUCAAGCUCAGACAAAGAUGGUUUCUCCUGUCACUGUGGUCAAGAGCGAGGGUCCAAAGCUUGUUCCGUUCUUCAAAGCCACUUGCGUCUACUUUGUUCUGUGGCUGCCCACCUCGAGUCCCUCCUGGUACAGUGCCCUCAUCAAAUGUCUGCCCAUCUUCUGUCUUUGGGUUUUUCUGCUCGCUCAUGGCAUCAGCUUUUUAGGUGCCCACUCCAGUGCCAGGAAAAUCCUGGCAGGACUUAUUUUUUCAGCUUUGGGUGACGCAUUUCUCAUCUGGCAAGAACAAGGCUACUUUAGUCACGGAUUGCUAAUGUUCGCCAUCACCCACAUUCUCUACUCUUCGGCCUUUGGGAUGAAGCCCCUCAACUCGAGAGCAGGUCUGGUCAUCGCUGUCAUCUCAGGCCUCAGUUACACCCUUCUUUACCCCUACCUCUCUGGUCCCUUCACCUACCUGGUGGCCGUUUACAUCGCUCUCAUCGGCUUCAUGGGCUGGAGGGCCAUUGCUGGAGUCCAGCUCGCCAAUGACCUCUGGACCUGGACGAAACUGUCGGCCUGCCUCGGAGCCGUCCUCUUCAUGGUAUCUGACCUCACCAUUGCCGUCAACAAGUUCUGCUUCCCUGUGCCCCACUCUCGAGCCAUCAUAAUGGCGACCUACUAUGCAGCCCAGAUGUUGAUCGCACUGUCGGCUGUGGAAUGCCAAGAUGCCGAUCGGAAAAGAGCCUGAAGAAUCGCACGUUAACAAACCAUCCCCUAAUGACUCCACAUCAUUAGCAGCUGCACAGGUUCAAGUUCCACUUCCAGACACCUCUGGUCCAUCCACAGUUCCCCUGUCUGAGCAUGACCGGGAUAUAUUGGUUAUAGUUGAGGAAUCGUCAGUUUAAAACCAUGUAAGACCAGACCAAUGGGAGAAUUCUUGCUAGAUUCAUGUACAAGGUUUGAUAGUCUUGGUCUUUAGCCCCUUGACUUAGUCAGGUCUCUUACCAUAGUUCCUUAGUCUUACCAUACCACAUUCCUCUAGUAGUUACCACUAUUUUGGUGUCAAGACAGUUUUGGAGUUCUGGUUACUAGGUCCUCAAUUUACCCUACUUCCUUACCUUAGUAUCUUCUCCAUUUCAACCGAGACUACCCCAGUGUCUUCUCAUUGUCUCUGAUAUCAAGUCCACUUCAGAUAGUCCUUAAUGGCUAGUACUGUGAACAAAGUGAGAAUCCUGAGUGACUAGUGUUCAUCAGGAACCUACUUUCAGGCCUGCAGAAUGGACCAGAAAACAAUACAAAUGGUUCAGGUUUUUCUUAGGGGCUGGUUUCCCCGUCUCACCGUAGAUUUCCCAAACGUAAUCAGAGGGCAGCAUGAAAAUCAUUUCAUACUAAAGCAGAUAUGUUAGCGUAGUGCUGCUGUAUUGAAAAUCAAUGCACAAUCUUUGCUGUAGUAUUGUGAGGUAUACCUUAAUGCUUAUCCUGUGUCACUGACACAUUUUAAAGUGUUGAUUUAGUGUUGAGUUAGUACACAACACAUGUGCUGGAGUAGUUGUCUUGGCUCAAAUAGGCCAUCAAGCCCAAAUGACUGCAACCAGUGCUAGCAUUGUCUCUUGGAUGAGGCUAUCCUUAACUAAGAUUUGAGAUGUAUUUGAAAACACAGGUCAAGACUCUCAUAAAAAGGGAAGGUGGUCUCUUUCUUGGAGGUGAUUCGGUGACAGUUUCUGUUAUCUUUUCCUUGGGUUUCUGCCAAGUCAGCAGCAUUGCUCAAUACCUCUACCACAAGGAAAUGGCAAAUAAGUACAAAGUUGUACUGUUCGUUUUGUCUGUAUAGUAUCAGAUAAUGUUUGUAAAGAGGGCGUGAUGUCAGAUGAUACUCAUGUAUCGAGCUUCCAACCACUUUCAUAUGUCUAUUGCCAGUAGGAAGCGUCUUACUCAAGGGAAAGUGGGAAGCCCUGUGGUGGGCGAAUAAACUUCUGCGUUGUGCGCUUUAGAUGAGGUAUUUUAUCUGUAAGCCAGUACUUUUUGAAACGAAUUCUCACUCUUUUCUCAUCUCAUUCGUAUCUAUUCCUCCACCUGAAAAUGUGUGAAUGUUUCACAGCGUGAUUGAGUGAAAAUUUCACAGCGUGUGAAUAUUCCACAGUACAGUGUUUUUCUUGUUUGGUACUGUGCUGUAUUAGCUGAAUCAGGGUGAAUCACAUCAUAUUUGUAGUCAUAUUUAACUACAGAUUUAAAAAGCAUAUUUUGCAUAAAGAAAAUGUCUAUUUUAGGAUCAUGAAGGUGUUAUUUUCACGGCAUUCUCCUGACCGUAAUGUGAAAAUGAUUAAUGCACCCAGACGUUUUACUCUUGUUAAUAAUUCUCAUUGAUGAUUCUCAUUAGAUUUUCAAUACUAUAAUGAGAAUAUUUCUCUGCCGACCCAAUGUUUUUUUUUAUUUUUUAUGGGACCACAUAUACUAAAAUCAUGCAAGUAUUUUACAAUAUAAAUAUGUAUUUUUCACAUUACGUUAAUGGUAAUUAAUCCAUAUAGUUAAUAUGAACUUAACUGAGAUACUAAAUAUCAAUAUCAAUGAAAACUGGUACUAAACUAGGCUUCGUUUCAUUUAUGCAAAAUAUUUAAAUCUAAAUAUUAGGUUUUGGUUGGUGAAAUAUAACCUGGACAUUUUUCUGACAGGCUUUGUGAGAUAGCACAUGUACUGUACUUUAUUAUCAGUUGAUUCUGAUCAUUGUUUUAUUCAUAAAUCUCAAUAAGGGAUCAUCAGCUGAUCCUGCACUGAUGCUAAAUGAGGGAACCGUCAUCAGCCAUGAUGGAAAAUACUGCUUGGUCUGAUAUGUACUCAGCUGUUGUGCCUCAGGUGUGAGUGGAAAUGAGCUUUGAAUGCAAACACAGCGGAUCACUCAACAGUGGUCCAUUUUAAAGUGAUAUGGCAUCCUCAACCUGGUCGUCUUGCACGAGACGGCAACAUCCAUGUACACUGGUGUGUUCAGCAAACAAAACAUUGAACAUUUCCAGUGGACAAAAAACUUAGUCUUUGUAAGUUCAGUUUUUCUACAUUAAAUUUGAAUUCAAUGAAUUACAUUUUGCUUCUCAAGUAAAACAAGCCUUCACAUCAAAUUAAAUAUGUUAUCUACUGUUCUCUAUGGCCUAUUGCGUUCAUCAUACUGAUACGCACAUAGUGAAAAUGCUACUGUCGCUAUCAACAAGCACUCUCACCCUUGAGAAACAGUGUGGCUAUUUUUGACACAUUUGCUCAAUGCCAAGUUUCGUAGGUUCCCUAUUCAUGGGUCACACUGUCAGCAAAACAUUUCAGCUUAGCAGAAAAAAACCGUACAUGAUUUGCAAGGUCAUCAAAACAUCAUGUCGCCAUUGUGUGUCACACUACGAAUCAGUAAUGUGUUGUGAAGAUCUGCGGCAGAACGAUAUAUUGAAUGAAAUUAUAAUUUCUCGUAUGAUGAUUUCCAUGGAAAAACCCCAGUAAGCGUUCCCAUUUUAGGGGCGAACACAGACUUUUCUAGUGAUUCAAAGUUAAUUCUCAUAGUAGCCUUUAGAAAGUCAAUAUUCCUAUUCUAUACUUAGCAUUUCUUUUGUUCUUUGUUUACAACCUGCUGUCACCUCCCAGAUGGUUAGAAAUCGACCUUGCGUGGUCAUUUCCUUCUCUAUUGUGUAAAUGCGCACUCCGUAGAGGAGAACAGGUGCCUUCUGUUUCCCUCACUGAAAUGCUGUCUUUUGAGAAGUGUGGAGACAGUCACUGGCACAGGGAAGAUUUCCUUUCCAUCUGGCUUUGCUUUAGCUUGCAAACCUUAUUCAAAUGGCAGUGAGCGCGAUCAUUUUACCCCCGCUUGUCAGCACUCGGGUGUUUGAUGCUUUUGUGUUGGGUCGAGGGGGAUGAAACAGAAUGCUGGGUGUUCAGUGGGUUCAGUAUUGAUGAAUGUGUUUAGGUAUAGCAGUCCUGUUGUUAAAGAUAAUGAUGAAUAAUCCACUUGGUUCAAAGCACACCACUGAGGGAUGUAAAUAUCUGCACUUUUCCAUUUUAUCUUUUUAAACAUUGCUGAUAUUCUCUUUAUGAGCUUGAGGCUUGAAACGGUCUACGCACAUGCUGGAUGCAAUUACUAAAGCCCGAUUUUGUGUAAAACUGCGUUCCUAAACAUGUCAGGCGACAAUUCGUAACAUGAUGCAAGUGCGUGUUGCAUUCUCAGCGUCACCACUAGGGGUGUUAUAAAUUCUGUUCCUCUACGGUCGGUCAGUUUUUAUUUUGUUUAUUUUUUUAUAAACCCUCUGGUGCUCUUCGUGUAGCAGUCAAAAAAUGACAAUGUUUUUUUUUCAAUGAAAUGAAUGCACUAUAUUUUAGUUCAAUGUUUUUUAUUUCAUAUUUUGUAUUUUUAGGGGAUUUUAUGGUACUAAAUUAUAUUUAUGCAGUAGUUAUAAUCCAUUUAAUCCAUUAUAAUCCAACUUAAACAUAAAUCUUGAAUGCUUUAGAGCACAGACUUAAGUUUGGUCGCUUUUUAAAGACGAUACUUGGCAAAUUAUUGCUGAAGUAAAAAAAGAAUUUGACGUUUAUUGUUAUGAAAAAUGUAUCCUUUUUUAAAUUUAAAUUUAUCCUUUUUGAAUCAUGUCCAUGAUUUUGUGUGUGUGUGUGUGUUCACAUAGCAAGUUCUAAAACCUUUACCAAGUUUUGUAAUAUUCAGAUGAAGUAAAAAUUCUAAAAAAAAACAAAAAACAAAAAAAACCUUAUAAUUUUUUGUCCAAAAAUGACCGAAGAGCAUCAGAGGGUUAAUGUCAACAGUUUGAAUAGCAUCUUACUGAGCAAUUUAGUUAAAAAUUAGAUAAAUAAAUGGCAUGUUUAUAGCUAGCUACUUAAAACUAUAAAGAUAACUAAAAUGAUAACUAGCACCCCCCCAAUGGACGAUAAUGUUGUUUACUAUAAGCGCACACUGCAAUUGCUAUCUGCCAUUUUAACUGCUGUCCUAAUCAGCUGCUAUACCUUCUCUGAUGUUAGACUGAGCAUCAGUGACUGACAGGAGUCUCGCAUUAGCAUGUUGCUAAGCUAACGCAAUAGCAUGUCAUUACGCUCACAAUAGACCUUCUUCUUUUUAUUUAACUAGUGUUUAUCGAUGUGUUUUCAGUAUUAAGUGAAAUUUAAGUAUUUAUAUUUAAAAUUUCUUCUGACUCGUCCUCCAUCUUGGAUUGAUUUUUCGCGCAAUGCAUUCUGGGAUCGCAUUCUCUGUAAAGGAUACUUGCAAUGCUGUGUUAGAAUGUGGCUAAAUGAGAUAUCUUAGAAUGUACACUUCGUGAUGGAAGCAUCUAUGAUGCCUUGAAAUGCUUUCUAGGUAGCUUUGCAUAUUCAGACAUCACAUUUGAGGAAAAAGAAACAUUUUCUCUCUUAUUUAUUCUGUUUUUUUUGUAAUUUUUUUUUUUUUGCUUUAACACACCUUACGUACAACAUUACGUACAAUCACAACUUUACCAAGUUUGCUUUGUAUCACCUCUGCCUUUAAGAGUAAAUCCAAGGGUAGUUGCUGUUACUAACAUCAAAAUAUAGUAAAUGGUCAAUUCCAUCUUAUGAGAAAGUCUUAUAAGAUACUAGUGUAUUAACAUUAUUACUUACCAUAGCUGACUGUAACUGCUGUCCAGUACUCAAUGCACAUACUGCAAGUGUAUUCUUAUGUUGGAUCUCACAUCUUAACAUUUAGUUACGAAAAAGUACAAAGCAUCUAAGGUGGACCAAUAUUGCUAUAGUUUUUAGAAUCGAAUAUAUGUAAACAUUUUCUGACUAUGCUGUGUGUAAGGCAGUGACAAUACUUUGGUAGUGAAAGCUGUGCAGUUGUGAUUGCAAUCUUUAAAAAAAUAGAAAAAUAAAUCCUUGAGGAGGUUUUAUGGUCUGAAGUCUGUGAACAAUAUUACUAAAUAAGGGAAACUCUUAUUUAUUGGAGUACCUCUCUCUUUCUCUUGCUAUAUAUCUAUAUAUUUUUACAGUUGACCCUUAACAUUGUGAAGUUAUUAUUAUGUUGUGAACGAAUGCUGUUAUUUUUUGCUGAGUAGAUGUGAGGUCUAUUCAAUUUUUUGCCUUAUUGUUAAUGUCCAGUAGUUUAAUUCCUUUAGUUAUUGUGUUAAAGGACCGUACUGCUCCUUUACUAUAGUGAUACUGCUAUGAAUGUGAUUCAGUCCAAGUAAGAAAUAAAUGCAACUGCAAUGCAACUGAAAACAUAA